AUGGCUGCUUCUCCCGUAAAAGAUAUGUCGUGGGUCAGAGGCUGUCUCUGCUUUUCCUCUCAGGGCCCGCUGACCUUCAGGGAUGUGGCUGUAGACUUCUCUCAGGAGGAGUGGGAAUGCCUGGACCCCGCUCAGCAGACAUUGUACCUGGAUGUGAUGUUGGAGAACUACAGGAACCUGGUCUCCCUGGCUGUCUUAUCUGAGGACAAUGAGGCCUUUGUGCCAAAGGCAAAGCUGGAAGAUUUAUUCCCUGAAAUAAUACUGAGUGCAUAUAAUGAAGACAGAAGUUAUCAAUGCAACAUACAUUGGAAAAAUUUUUACCAAGAGUCAAACCCCAAUAAGCAGAAAACUCAGCUUCCAGAGAACUAUUAUGAAGGUGGAAAAGUCUUUGCCCAAAUGUCAAAUCGAAAUAUACAUCAGGUUAUUCAUACUGUGGAGAAGAGAAACAAACGAAGUAAAUGUGACAAAUCUUUGCAGCAAUCUUCACGUCACACUGAACGACAGAAUAUUCAUACCAGGGAGAGAGCUUUCAAAGGUAAUCCGUGCGGGAGUCCGAUGUUUAGUCUAGAUAGACUUACAGAAAGCCAUACAGAACAAAAACUUUAUCAAUGUAAUAAAUGUGGCAAAAUAUUUAAUUCCCUUAGAUAUAUUAGUAUACAUGGCACAACUCAUAAGGGGGAUAAACCCUAUAAAUGUAGAGAAUGUGGCAAAGCUUUUAGUCGGCCCUCACACCUUAAUCUCCAUUAUAAAAUUCAUACUGGAGAGAAACCUCAUAAAUGCAAAGAAUGUGGAAAAGCCUUUCGGAGUUCUUCACACCUUAAUCUGCAUCAUAGAAUUCAUACUGGAGAGAAACCAUUCCAAUGUGUUAAAUGUGGCAAAUAUUUUAGGUUCUCCUCAGAACUUAAUCAUCAUGAGAUAAUUCACACAGGGGAGAAAACGUACAAAUGUAAAGAAUGUGGCAAAGCCUUUAGCCAGCCCUCAGCCUUCAGUAAACAUCGGAGAAUUAAUACUGGAGAGAAGCCUUUCCAAUGUAGUCAAUGUGGCAAAGGUUUUAGGGGCUCCUCAGAUCUUAAUCGGCAUCAGAUAAUUCACACGGGGGAGAACCCUUACAAAUGUAAAGAAUGUGGCAAAGUCUUUACGCAGUCCACAAACCUUAUUGUACAUCAGAGAAUUCAUACUGGAGAGAAACCUUAUCGUUGCAUUGAAUGUGGCAAAGACUUUAGGCAUUCCACAAACCUUAUUGUACAUCAGAGAAUUCAUACUGGAGAGAAACCUUAUCGGUGUAUUGAAUGUGGCAAAGCCUUUAAGCAGUCCACAAACCUUAUUGUACAUCAGAGAAUACAUACUGGAGAGAAACCUUAUCGGUGUAUUGAAUGUGGCAAAACCUUUACCCACUCUUCAAGCCUUACUGCACAUCGAAGAAUUCAUACUGGAGAGAAGCCUCAUAAAUGCAAAGAAUGUGGCAAAGCCUUUGUGAGGUCUUCACACCUUAAUUGCCAUCAGAGAAUUCAUACUGGAGAGAAACCUCAUAAAUGCAAAGAAUGUGGCAAAGCCUUUGGGAGGUCUUCAAACCUUUAUCGCCAUCAGAGAAUUCAUACUGGAGAGAAUCCUUACUAG